AUGCAUAAUCCCGUCGAAGAUUGGCCUGCCUGGCCAGAGAUGACACACGAAAAUGGAGAAUUGCACCCAGACAACGUCAAGAUCAAAAAGGAAAUCGCAGCCGAAUACGGGCAAGAUGCCCUGCGUCGAAGCUGGAUCGCUGUCUGUAACAAGCUCAAUGCUGUGACCCAGGAGAUCACAGAGAAACGGACGAGCAUGAUUCGAGAAGUUACUUACGACGAGUUCUUCAAAUUGAGUGACCAAGAGAAAGAACAAUUGAAAGAAGUGGGAUGUUUUGUCGUUCGUGGCACCAUCCCUGAAGAGACUGCAAAUGCCUGGUUUCAAGAUCUACAGAAUUAUGUCGAGGAAAACAAGGAUGCUAUUACGGGCAAAGCAACAGGCUGGCCAGCCGAAACCCCGUACAUCCUGCAACUUUACUGGACUCGAGCGCAGUUAGAAGCUCGGACUCAUCCCCGAUCCAUGGCUCUGCAUCGUGCGCUGAACCUAUACUGGCAUGACGACGAGGACCCGGAUAAAGAGUUCGCGGACCCCUUGGCCUACGCGGAUGCAUUGAGAAUCCGCCCCCCUGGCAUCCCAUUCACCGGGUUGGGUCCUCACAUUGACGCGGGUAGCCUAUGUCGCUGGGGUGAUCUUGAAUACCGCAAGGUGUACGAUAAGAUCUGGGCAGGCAAACCCGAGGAAUAUGAUCCGUAUGACCUCACACACCGAAAACGUGCAGAUCCCGCUUUCUAUCCGGGCGAUGCGCAGUCUCACGUCCUCCGUGCCUUUCAGGGAUGGACGGCACUUACUCCUGCAGGCGCUCAAGAGGGCAGCCUGCUCCUUUAUCCUGAUGUGAAGUCGCUCAUUGCGUAUGUGCUGCUCCGUCCGUUCUUCCAACCGCCUCAGAGCAGGGACGACAUUCUCGACGCGGAGAAGUGGUCCCUCGACUUGGAUGAUCCCUGGUUCCCGGGGGUUUGGAGACAUACGCCACAGGAGAUGAGCCCAGAGCCUUUUCCUCACUUGAAAUUGAAGGAUUGCUUGGUGAAUAUUCCUCCCAUGUAUCCCGGUGAUACCGUUUGGUGGCAUUGUGACAUGUGUCAUGCGGUCGAGGCCGAGCACAAAGGCAAGGGAAUUUCGAGCGUCGUUUAUGUCGCUGCCACACCAACCACCGACAUCAAUGUCCAAUACAUGAAGGGACAGCUUAAGGACUUUUUGGACGGUGUCUCUCCAGAAGAUUUCCGGGGAGGGUGUUAUGAAAAGACAUUGAAAGGAUUUCCGGGAGAAAGUGCAAUUUUGAAUGGCCAGGAGGGUAGAAGAGCGGUGGGCUUUGCGCUUUAG